AUGGCAAAGAAGAAGAAUGCUUCCAAGAAUAAAUCCAAUCCUAAUUCUAAAGGAACUUCUUCCAAGGAAGUAAAGCAACAGGCCAAUCAGCCUGUUAAGGCUGAAAGUAAGAAAUAUAACUUUCUUAUCAGAACAAUCUGGACAUUUGUUAUGAUUGCUGGGUUUUUUGCAACUUUAGCUUCUGGUCACAUCUACUGUAUACUAUUGAUAACAUUAUGUCAAGUGUUCGCUUUCAAAGAAAUUAUUGCUGUAACUGGUGCAUCAGGUAGUGAAAAGAAUUUACCAUUGACAAAGACUUUGAACUGGUACUUUUUGGUAACAAUUUUAUAUUACUUAGAUGGUAAAACUUUGUUCAUUUUCUUCCAUGACUUCUUAUUUGACCAUCCAUUGUUAUCAUCGAUCGUAUCGCAUCAUAAAAUAAUCUGUUACUUUAUGUAUCUAUUGGGAAUUGUUUUUUUUGUUUGUACAUUAAGAAAAGGCUUCCUAAAGUUCCAAUUUGGUUCAUUUUGCAUUACUCACGUUGUUUUACUUUUAAUUGUCUUCCAAGCUCAUUUGAUCAUUAAGAAUGUGAUUAGUGGUUUAUUCUGGUUUUUAGUUCCAUGCGGUUUAGUUAUCAUUAAUGAUAUAUUUGCCUAUCUAUGUGGUAUAACUUUUGGUCGUACUAGAUUGAUCGAAAUAUCACCAAAGAAAACUUUGGAAGGUUUCGUGGGUGCAUGGUUCUUUACAGCUAUUGGUAGUAUUAUUUUAACCAGAUUAUUGUUGCCUUUCGACUAUUUGAAGUGUCCUGUUCAAGAUAUCAAUACAAACUUCUUCAGUAACUUAACCUGUGAUUUAAACCCUGUAUUUUUAGCACAACAAUACAAGUUACCCCCAAUGGUGUUUGAUGCAUUUGGUUUAUCAAUUGUCACAAUUAGACCAAUUUAUUUCCAUGUAUUGAACUUAGCUACUUUUGCAUCCUUAUUUGCUCCAUUUGGUGGCUUUUUUGCAUCUGGUUUAAAGAGAACGUUUAAAGUAAAAGAUUUCGGUGACUCAAUUCCAGGACAUGGUGGCAUUACAGACAGAAUCGAUUGUCAAUUCAUUAUGGGAUCAUUUACUAACUUAUACUUCGAAACUUUUAUCAGUGAGAAUAGAAUAACCGUAGAAACUGUCAUAUCAACAAUUUUGAUGAAUUUCGAUGAUAAACAAAUCUUAGAAUUGAUGACCUCAUUAGCAACGUUGUUGUUCAAGAAGGGCUCUAUUAAGGAAAAUUCAUUCAAGAAGCUAACCAAAUUAUUAACAGAAGUUAAUAAGUAA